AUGUCCCUCGAGCCGUCGCUGAAAGGUCUCCUCCAGUCGAAGCUACAGUGGAUUUUCGUAGGCGGCAAAGGUGGGGUUGGCAAAACGACGACGUCCUGCUCGUUGGCGACCCUCUUCGCCUCCACCCCUGUGCACGACGUGCAGACGAACACCACUCGCCCGCGGCGGGUACUGCUAAUCUCCACCGACCCCGCGCACAAUCUUAGUGAUGCCUUCAACCAGAAGUUCGGCAAGAUACCGACACCAGUGCACGGCAUGGAGGCAACGCUUGCCGCGAUGGAGAUCGACCCCGCGAGCUUUACGCUCGGGGAGUUGGACAGUUUCCUUGGAGGUGAUGCUGCUGGUGCUGGGCAGGCGGCGUGCGGCGACAACACCGCGUCACCCAUCACGGCGCUGGGAAAGAUUCUGAAGGAGGCGGCGGGUACGCUUCCCGGUAUUGACGAGCUAACAGUUUUUGCGGAGAUUCUCCGUGGUGUGCAGCAGCUUCCCUAUGACGUUGUGAUCUUUGACACUGCACCAACGGGACAUACACUACGGCUCCUCGCCCUUCCGCAUACGCUGAACUCCACAAUGGACAAGUUGACAGCAGUCGAGGGCCUGGCGCCUUUGAUUCAGACAGCAGCAGGGUUCUUGUCGUCUUCGGGCACUGUGGCAGACGUUUCAGGGAUGAAAUCCGCCUUCGCCCAGUGGCGCGAAAACGUGCAGGAGGUACAGCGGCAGUUCACAGACGCCGAAAAGACGGCCUUUCUCUGUGUCUGCAUCCCCGAGUUUCUCAGCGUGUACGAGACGGAGCGUCUGGUGCAGGAGCUGAUGAAGUAUGACAUAAGCUGUGACAGCAUUGUUGUGAAUCAACUGGUGCUGAAGCCCUCAAGCGAACCCCCGUGCCGGAUGUGUGGGGCACGACAGAAGAUCCAGGCGAAGUAUUUGGCGCAGAUCGACGCCCUGUAUGAGGAUUUCCAUGUGGUUAAGAUGCCGCUGCUGAGCGACGAGGUGCGUGGUAUCAUUGCUUUACAGAGAUUUGCGCGGUUUUUGCUGGAGCCCUAUGAUGCCGACCGUCAUGGCUAUAUUGAGGUGUGCGGCGAGGAAACCUCGUAA